AUGCGCGCUAGUCAACCAGAAUCCAAAGUUAUGUUGGUUGCUAUUCUAUCGUUUUUCUUUUUGCCUUUCACCUUUGCGGGCAAUGCAGAUAUAGAAGAAUGUGUUAAACUUGUUGGAAAUGCUCAAAAUCUUAAGAAACGACCAACUGUGGAUUCAUGUCCAGAGGAUCCCGUUUGUCCAUCGAUAUUUGUUUAUGAUAAUAAUAAUCUUCAAGAUCUAGCAAACAAUUUCAAUGUGCAAAUAUUCAAGAAUCUAACCAAAAUCUUUUGCACUGCAGGUAAUGCAACUUCGUCGUCAACUUGCACCGAUUUACAUCCUCAAUGUCAAGCAAAUGCACGGUAUUGCAAUAUAGGCGACUAUGCCGUUGUAAUGAGAAGAGUUUGCAGAUUAACUUGUCGUCACUGUACUCCUUAG